AUCUUUCGAAUGAACAAUCAUGGAUCAUCGGUUGGUGAUAUCAUUGGCAGAUUUGAGAAGAAAGGCUUCACUUUGAAAGGUUUGAAGCUCAUCACUGUCGACCGAUCCUUUGCGGAGAAGCACUAUGCCGAUCUCUCUGCAAGGCCCUUCUUCAAUGGUCUUGUUGAGUACAUCAUCUCUGGCCCCGUUGUUGCUAUGAUAUGGGAGGGUAAGAAUGUUGUAGCCACUGGACGGAAGAUUAUCGGAGCCACAAACCCUGCUGAAUCUGCUCCUGGAACCAUCCGUGGUGACUUUGCAAUUGAUAUUGGAAGGAAUGUUAUUCAUGGGAGCGAUUCGGUUGAGAGUGCAAGGAAGGAAAUUGCAUUGUGGUUUGACGAGGGCCCUGUCAACUGGCAGAGCAGCCUUCAUCCAUGGAUCUAUGAGUAGACAUAUGCUUUGUUGAAGAGGGUCAGCUGCUGCUUGUGGUUACAUUAAUAUUUGUUUUGGGUACUGUGUUUCUGAACUAAAGACAAGUUGAACUUUUUACCUAGUGGUUGGACUGGCUGCUUUUGUGAUGAUUUUAGUGCCAUUAUCUUAUAUGAAUGAUGAGUUAAAGACUUUUAUUUCAAGUGGGGCAUUCUGUAUUUCCAGCCAUUAUCUGGUAAGGUGAUCAUAGUUGUCGAAGGUAAAGGUGUGAAUUAGGUACCAAACAAAUAUAAUCUCAUAUCAGCA